AGAGAAAUCCAGACAAAGAGUCACCUGGAAACAUUGUUCCGAGCAGACAGAUUCCGAAAUCUCCUUCACCCUUUCCAACUUCCCUUGCGUUUCAGCCGCAACAUAUCCCCGAUCCUUGCGACAAGCUAAUUCGCCGCCAAAAAUCGGCUCUAGUAACUACCAAGAAAUUCGUCAGUUGUGGAAACCCGGCCGAUUAAGGGCUUAACGCUCGGCCGGGGGGAGCGCGGGUGAUAAUACUAGCUGAAGAUGCCUUCGCUAGCCGAUGAUGAUGACGAUCGUGAUCUUAUAGGGUCUCAAGAUGGAAGUUCUGAUAAUGAGGAUGAACAAAUGAGGGAUGCCGAUGACGGCGAUGUCGAGAACGACAACGACCCCGAUCAAGAGCUCGACCAAGAGCAAGAACAAGACGCCGAAAGUCCAUCGAACAACAGCCAGACCUCUGACGGCCCCGGAAAUGAUGCGCAACAAGAUACAGAUCCAAAUAUUUUAGUAGACUCUCUCGAUGCCUACCGUCCUACUGUCCGGCCAGAGUGCCUGACUGCGACAACGUAUGAUAUCGUGCCCACGAUCGCCGCGCCGCAGAGUACAUCUAUUAAUGCCGUGACGUCAACCGGGGAUAUGCGCUGGGUCUUCAGUGGUGGUAGUGAUGGUUAUAUACGGAAGUAUAACUGGGUUGAAUCAGUGAAUGGCAAAUUAAUGCUGACCGUUGCUCAACGGCAUCCCUUUGUCGACAGCGUGGUCAAGGCUGGUGUGCUGAUGAAUUAUUGGGAAAAUAUGGACGGCAAUGUGCUUUCACCUGUUUACUCGCUUGCAGCUCAAAACGAAGGCUUAUGGCUGUUAUCCGGCCUAGAAUCAGGCAACAUUCGCCUCCAAACGGUCCGUCAUGAGGAAGGAAGAGAAAUCGCGCUCCUUAAAAGUCACACAUCAGCUGUUUCCGUGCUCAACUUAUCUCCGGAUGAGAGAAGUCUUCUAUCUGGAAGCUGGGAUAAGCGAGUUUUAGAUUGGGACCUGAACAUAGGGCAGGUCAGGACCGCGUUCGGUAUCAGUUCUGGACAAAUUUCGGCUAUAGAAGUCCGACCAGAUUCUGCGCUACCCAUUCCACAGGAUACGAUGGAACCGCAAUAUGAAAAGUCUUUCUCGUCCAAUAAUCAUCUGCCUUCUUCUACCUUGGUGAAUGGCGCUGCGGGCCGUGGUGGUGCAGGUCAAGAUGACGAUGCUCCACCAGCAUCUCCAGCAGACUCUCUCUUUGGCGGCGCUGACUCCCUGUUCGGCGAUGGGGACAACCACAUGGCAGACGAUGGAGAAGGAUCCGGUGAUGCAGCAAAUGUGGGAGAGAAUGCAUUAUUCGGGGGUUCACUUGACAUGGACAUUCGACCUUCGGAACAUGAGGUGAAGCUGGAGUCAGAAAAUGUCCAUCAGCCCAAUGGCACGGACGAUUGGCCAUCACUGAAUGCUGAAUCCAGUACUGUCCAGAAUGCUACUUCCCCUAAGGGAGGGGACGGGACUAAAAAUAAUGGGCAAAUAGAACAAAAAUCUGACUCUACCGUGAACGGCUUACCGUAUGCGGAGGCAUUGGAGUCUAUCAAUGUCGAAGAUUCAGAAAGUUCCCCUCGAAUAACCUCCGACACGACCUUCCUCGCUUCGUCCAUUGACGGUCCAAUCCGUAUAUGGGACAGACGACAGCCUGACCCUGUUGCUCGUAUCACUCCUAGGAACGUCCCACCAUGGUGUAUGAAUGCCUGUUGGUCUCCAGACGGUAAUUACAUAUACGCAGGACGUCGAAAUGGAACAGUGGAAGAGUACAGCCUGCAUAAAGGUUUAAGAGACCCAGAGAGGGUCUUUAAAUUACCCCAAGUGGGAGGUGCGGUCACUGCACUGAAAGCAAUGCCCAACGGUCGUCAUCUACUCUGUGCUUCACACGACAUUCUUCGGCUGUAUGACCUAAAGGGUCAACCUCACAAACACUCCCCUGUCCCAUUCCUCGUUAUCCCAGGUCACCGAACAGGUGUAAUAUCACAGCUGUAUAUUGAUUCAGCUUGUCGCUUCUUAAUCUCUGCUAGUGGUAACCGUGGAUGGGAAGGAAAUACCACUGAAGUGCUGCUAGGCUAUGAGAUUAAUGUGUAAAAUCUCAUCUUCAUCGUUUGCUUUGAGACUGGUUUGUUGUCUUUCUGUCUAGGGCUAAAUGCCCCUAUUUUAUUGUCUUAAGAUAAUGCACGGCUAGCUGUCAUGCUUUUAGAUAUACGG